AUGUGUUGGGAAUUCGAGUUGCAUUUGAAGAAUAGUAUGAGUUCUUCAUCUUCAGUUCAUGACCUGCACAUUCAUACAAAAAAAAUCCAAGUCAAUACAAGCAGUCAUGCCAUCAUAUCAGGUUCUCGAAGACAUAUUGAUUACCUGCUUAGAGAUCAACAGAAUCUUUUUAGUUCGAUAGAUGAUUUCUUGUGGUUCAAAUUGUCGGCUGUACGGGACUGCCCAAGUGGAUCUUCAUCCCUUGUUCUAAGUGACAGUGUGAUUCCAUACACUUUGGAUGAUUUUCAAAGUUACCUGAAUAAAUUUGAAUCAUCAUACUAUACAAAAAAUGGAAAAAGAUCCUUUGGUAUAUUCUUAUACCUUGCUUUUAAGCAUUUAAUUGCUUCCGGCUGUAUUAUACCUGUCUAA